UGACACUAAUUUUUCUUACUAAAAAGGCUUCAAGGUCCCCAUUUUGAUUCCAUCGUCUUUGUGUGCACCUAAAGCAUAGAUGAAGCUAAUGAUCCACCCCACUCUUAUUCCUCCCAAAAGCCUCUAAUAAGCUUGUUUAAUUGGUGUUUAGAGUUUUAAAACAAAUGUGUUUCUCUGUGACACCUGUCUUGUUUAAGUUUUUUUACAGCUAAAAGUUGGCCUGAAGUGGUUGGAGCUAUCCUAGUGAUUUGAUCAAGGAUCUGGUUCCUGCUAGGCUGCAGGGGAUUAUCUUGGCUUCUGCAUUGGCCAUGGAGCCUGACAGGAGCCUAAUUGCCUGCGAGGAGCCGCCUUUGGAGCCGAUGGAUCUUCUCUCGAGCGCGUGGUGCAGCUCGGCUAUCCAAGUUCUUCAGACGGGACCGAUGGAUUGCGCCAUGGCGCUGGUGGAGAACCCAGUCAUGGCACCUGACAACGAAAGGAGAGACCUGUUGCCAAAAAAUGAUCGUAGUUUGGUCGUCGACAGUAGCAGUUUCAGCACGACGCAAUGGAAAUAUGAUGAUCUGAAAUCAUGGAUAUGGCUUCAGAAGGCAAUUCAUCCAGAGCUGGAUUAUGAUCUCUGCCUGAAGAAGAAAUGGCUCCCGCGCAAGAUGGCGCCAUGGAGCGGCAUCUCGCUCAAGAAGUGGGUCAAGGAGCGGAAGCAGAAGCGCAAGGAGGAGGCGCGCCUGCACAAGGCCGAGGUCCACGCCGCGGUGUCCGUCGCCGGCGUCGCGGCCGCGCUGGCCGCCAUCGCCGCGGAGAACUCCACGCCUGCGGCGUCGAUGAAGGAGACGGCGGUGGCAUCCGCGGCCGCGCUCGUCGCGGCGCAGUGCGCGAAGGUGGCCGAGGCCGCGGGCGCCACGCGCGACCAGGUCGCGGCGGCCGUCAACGCCGCCAUGGCCGCCACGGACGCCAGCAACGUCAUCACGCUCACCGCGGCCGCCGCCACCUCACUGCGCGGCGCGGCGGCGCUGCGAGGACGGCGCAGCGGCGGCGGCGGCAGCCAGAACGAGAGGACGGACCAGGCCAGCUCCGCAUUAUCCCAGGAGGACCUCGACUUCGACUUUAACUACGGGAGGUCCAAGGCGGCGCUCGCAAAGGGAGACGAGAUGUUCGUCGCCAUGCCCGACGGGAAGUGGAAGCUGCACACGGUUUCCGCGGCGACGAGCAAGGGCGGCAAGGUGGUCCUCCGGAUCAAGAAGAUGAACCUGGUCAUGGCGUUCUCUAACGCGAAAGAAAGUGUGAUCCACGACAUGCAGCCGUGCGCGCCGGAGAAGCCGAGCCGCGACGAGGACGCGACGUACCCGAUCGAGGUCACGACGAGCAAGGGCAAGGUGGAGCUCCGCGCCGACGACUACGGCGUGUACAAGAGGUGGGUCACGACGGUGACCCACAUGCUCGCGGCGCCCACCGCCAUCUGCAAGGCGCAAGAGCCGCAACCGCCGCCGCACCGUCGGAACUGACUGGCUGCCCAGCGACGCCGCCGCCGCCGCACUACAUGUCAAUCCAGCUCGCAAGCAUGUACCUGACACGUCUUAGCUGAUGAAACGAAAUGUUCAAGCUUUAAUUAUGAGUUUAUGACCACUUCAGUCAUAUAACACUUGUGAAAUAUGUCAUCUACUGUUUUCAAGAGAUUUCAGGAAUGAAAAUUAACUAUCAUAUGAGUGAGGUGUUUCCAAUUGGUUUAUCUCCAGUAGAGGAGGAAUGAGGUGUUAAUAUGCUACAUUGUUGUGUUUUCCCCUGAAAUACUUAGGGCUAUGAGUCCAUAUAGA